UACUGGAUGUGUCAUAACACUCCGGCUUUGAAUGAUAGUAGUCCAAUGGAGUUGUUUUAGGUUUUGCAAGACUUAUAUUUUGUUCGUUUAUAUGUUUAUUUAUCCUCCAACUGAUCAUUUUUCAAUUUGAAACAGGAAAAUACCAGUGAUGAAGUUUCGGGGAUGACUGCUAAACUCUCCUCUGUCCAGCUUGAAAAGGUUUCAACUAGUCCUGCUUUGAAACUUCCCCAGUUAUUUAGUUUAGCUCCAAAUUCAUUAGGGAAAGGCAUGCACACACCAAAGCGACAUGCGUCAGCUACCCAAUCAAACCAACAAAGUCUGCCAGUAGGGAAACCAACCACACCACCCUUUACAAAAGCUCAAACUGAUAGUGCAACACAAGAUAGUGAUGGUUAUCAUGCUCAGAAACUUAGGUGUUCUGUUCGUGAAGCUGCAUUGCCAAGGCUAUCAAACAAUACAGAAUGGUCCCAAGAGAAGAGCAGUGAUGAUGGUCCUGAGCACUUCUUCAUGCCUCUCUCAACAGGUCUUUCCCGAAAAGAGGUAGAUGCCGUUCCAAAUCGAAGAAAACAGCAACUGGUUUUCUCUCCACCAGAAAUCCAUGUCUCCAGGAAUACAAAAGAUCUCCCUUCUAACACCAGGAGCCAGUUAAAUUCAGUGCAAGUUAAGUCAUAUAAAUUGAAUGGACUUGACGAUUAUAAAAAACAGGCAGAGCUACUUCAGCCAGCCCUUGGUAAUGCAUGGAGCACAUUUACCGACAUUGAUGAUAUUCUGGAUCAAGUGUUCUCACCUCCAUUGCUACUGGAAUCAUGCUUCCAGGAUACAUACGAGGACUUGCUCGGGUGAUGUGAAAUUCGCAGAAGUUCUUGAGAAAAUGGGAGCCAAGGUUACAUGGACUGAGAACAGUGUCACUGUUACUGGUCCACCACGAGAUCCUUCCAAGAGAAAAAACUUGCGUGCCGUUGAUGUAAACAUGAAUAAAAUGCCCGAUGUUGCCAUGACCCUUGCUGUUGUUGCGCUAUUUGCGGAUGGUCCAACAGCCAUUAGAGAUGGUAAGUUUUAGCUUGCACUCUUGCAAGCUUAUAACUUGUUCAUAUAAAUUGGUAUCUGAAAUUAGUUGGCA